ACAAAGGAAGACAAACCUCUAUCUGUCUAACAAAGCCCACCUUUGAUGACGUCUUUAUAUCCUUUGGUUUUUGCCCGCCAUUUUAAAUAACUUUUAACUUGACUUUAUUAUGUUACCCACUUUUUCUUUAAUUUUGUUGAUUUUAUCAGUUAAACUGAGGCGGUGUUACCGAUUACAGAACACUGUUUGUUGAUGGACCAAAAAAUAUUACGGUUCUCUUUAAGCCUUGAUUUGCAUGCAGUUAUGACGUCUCUUUCAUCUCAACCGCGACCGACAAUCGUCGUUUUUUAUUUUUUCCAAAAAAACUCUCCCUCCUCCCUUUUAUUCUUUUUACACCAGCAGACGUCUUCUUAAAAAUAUCAUGGCCUCCAGACAAACUCAACAAGCUAACCAAGGACAAAGAAAAUCGUAUCAGUUUAAGCUGGUUCUUCUUGGAGAAUCGGCAGUGGGCAAAUCUAGCUUGGUAAUGCGAUUUGUCAAGGAUCACUUUGAUGAAUACAGAGAAAGCACCAUUGGCGCCGCUUUCCUUGCACAAACUAUUACUCUGGACGAUAACACGACGGUGAAAUUCGAAAUUUGGGAUACGGCAGGUCAAGAACGAUACAAGAGCUUGGCGCCAAUGUACUACCGCAAUGCAAACUGCGCUGUGGUUGUCUAUGAUAUUACACAAGCUUCAUCAUUGGAUAAGGCAAAGGCUUGGGUGAAUGAAUUACAACGUCAAGCCGAUCCAAAUAUUGUGAUUGCCUUAGCAGGAAAUAAGAGUGACCUUGAAUCUCGACGAGCUAUUGAAACCCAGACGGCGCAAGAAUAUGCCGAUGAAGCGGGACUGUUAUUUUUUGAGACCUCGGCAAAGACGGCUCACAAUGUGACGGAAUUGUUCACUUCGAUAGCAAAGCGUAUGCCUCUUGAUCAGCUUGCUGACAGCACACGUGGCAGAAACAGAGGACUGGAUGGUCGCGGAGUUGAUUUAGACCGCCCAACGAAUGUAAAUGGAUGUGCCUGUUAAAUUUGCCAAUAUAUAUCCACCUUUUUCGUCGCCAUUUCCGUCAUUUUUGUAUUGUUACUCACGCUUUCUUUUUCAUUGCGCGCCUCCGACUUACUGUUGUUAAUCAAUCUAUUUGCUUCACCUGCUUUUCAGUGUCCACUUUCUUUCCGCUGAUAUUUCUUCUUUUUUUUUUUCUUUUCCCGACAAUCACCGAAUGUCAUGAUCCUUUCGUUUUUUUUUUUAAGCAAUAUAAACUAGGUUAAUGUUCGCUUAUGGUCACUGCGCUU